GGACAGCGGUGCUGAGAAACGGCGCAGCCCCCUCCCGGGCCGACGUCAGCGGGGCACGUCCCCCACGUCGUCUCCUGCUAGUCACUGAUUUUUCAGCUGCUUAUUUUCCCCAAGAAGCAGCCGGCAGCUCAAGCUUCAAACUUUUCCUCUCCCUAAUGAGACACGGGACCACAUCCCACCCACCACUUAUUUCAGUUUUCAUGGGGCUCUGGGAUCAAAAGAACAGAGACAGCAACAGGAGCCCAGCCUCUGUCUGAUCUUAACCGGAAAACUGAGAAACAGCGUUGAGAAAGCAGACCAAACUGGGCAAUGGGGAGUUUCAGAGGUCAUGCCCUUCCUGGAACCUUCUUCAUUCUCAUGGGUCUCUGGUGGUGUUCAAAGAGUAUUCUGAAGUAUAUCUGCAAGAAGCAAAAGCGGAGCUGCUACCUUAGUUCCAAAGCAUUAUUCCAGCGAGCAGAAAUUUGGGAAGGAAUUAUUAUUAUCUCUAUGGCUCUAACUGGCAUGGCUGGGGAACAGUUUAUUUCUGGAGGACCCUACCUGAAUUUAUAUAAAGAAGGCCAAUGGAAUCAACUCCUGGGCUGGCAUCACACCACCAUGUAUUUUUUCUUUGGGCUCUUGGGUGUUGCCAACAUCUUAUGUUUCACCACCAGUUCAUUUCCAGUCUCCUUAACGAAGUUAAUGUUAUCAAAUGCCUUGUUUGUGGAGUCUUUUAUCUUCUUCAACCAUACUCAUGGCAGGGAAAUGCUGGACAUCUUUGUGCACCAGCUGCUGGUCUUUGUCACCCUUUUGUCAGGCGUGGUUGCCUUCAUGGAGUUCCUCACAAAGAGCAAUGUACUUCUGGAACUGUUGCGCGCAAGCCUCAUCUUACUACAGGGAAGCUGGUUAUGGCAGAUUGGUUUUGUCCUGUAUCCUCCCAAUGGAAGUCCUGCAUGGGAUCAAACAGAUCAUGGGAAUAAAAUGUUUCUUACCAUAUGUUUUUGUUGGCAUUAUGCAUCCUCCUAUGUCAUCAUUGGAGCAAAUUAUGCUUUUAUCAACUGGUUAGUUAAAUCUAGACUUAGGAGGCUCUGCCCCUCAGAAGUUGGGCUCCUGAAAAAUGCUGAAAAAGAACAAGAAUCAGAAGAAGAGGUGUGAUUUGGACGGGCAUCCAGGAUCUAGAUAAAGCUUUUUUUUCUUUGCAUUGUCUUAUGUUCAAAGUUUUGUUUUCUUGACCUCUUGUUUGGAGAAUAACUGGCUGAGAUAAAUAUACUGUUUGUUUUCCAUAUUAAAAUAUUAGAAGUUAAAUGUCUUAGUUUUAGCUUUGAAAAUACUUAUAAAUUCAUUUUGCCCAUCAUGGUCACCAUGGUGAUCAGAGGUGAGAAUGACUUUUCCAGUCAUGUUUGAUGUCCAUACUCUAGAAAUCAUUUGUUUUAUUUGUCUUGUGGAUAUAUUCAAGAUUCAUGGCCUUGUUCUCACUUCAAAUUCAUUAAACAUAGAAUUAUA